AUAGAGGAAUGUUCAUGCUCAGAUGCAUCAUCGAUUUUUAUGAAAGCUUUUAUUUUACAUUGUAGUAUGGUUAACACAAAGACGACCCCCCGGAGGGCAAAGGAAAUAUGUCCUGUGUGUUUUGUUGAACUGGAUGGUAAGGACGCAUGGUCCGAACAUGUGCUAAGCUGUGCAAGCAGUAUGAUGGUGUGCAAAGCCUGUCAUGUAUCCUUUAAGAAGAAGGAGUACCUGCAGAAACACAUGCGGACAAAGCAUCCCGACGCCCCUUCCUCAACACAUAAGGACACAAGUCAUGAUCAGGAAGACGACAGUGACUGGGACGUGGACCCCGAAGUUCAACUCGGCGAGGUUCGGACUGAACCCGCAGAAAAAGAGAUGGAAGCUUUACCAUCAACCUCUCAGGAUGACUUCAUCUCAGGAAGAGUGGUUCGAAAAAGAACAGCGCCAAGUCCAGUGUUUUCGUCCAGACGAACCAACCUUGGCAUUGUUGAAGAAACCGUGUCGAAGAAAAGUGUGGAGUUUGGGAUUCAAACUGACAACCUGGAUCCUGUCCUAUCCAAGAUCAUGGUAGAUGAAGCUACUCAAACGGAGGGCUAUCAUCGCAGAGUGAAGGAGAUCACCAUCACCAAAUACCAUGAAAAUGGACAGAAAAUUAAGAGAAUCAAAGAAAGUGAAGAACUGUUUGAUUUGUAGAUACUUAUAAACAUUGUAGCUGUACUGUGUUUGUCGAACAUUUUGUUUCAUUUUACAUUUUUGCUAUUUGCAUGUGUAUGUAUGCUUAUUCAUGUUCAUCCCCAAGAAGGUGCUAUACAUCCAUCACUCAUUCUGUACAUUAUUCAUGUUUGAUACGUCAUCCUUUUUAGAUAAAAAAAUAUAUAUAUAUUUAUAUAUCUAUGUUAUCGUUUUGUCAUGCGAGGACGCAUGAAGCAAUGAGGCGUGGGUUAUGUAACAAAUGAUCGGGUUUGGGGUUCAGAUAAUUUUUAUAUCAUACGGGUG